CACAAUUAUGUCUGUCUCGCCACCGCCAGUUUCUCUCAGGUAUCCGUUUACCGGAGCCUGAAUGGCGUUGGUAACUGUGCAGCGGUCGCCUACUCCAAGCGCAACAUCCAGCCCGUGCGUUUCGGAGUCUGGCAGUGGGGAAGAUGAUCGCCGAUCUCAACCCAGAAGCAUCAGUGAGAGCUUCCUAACAGUCAAAGGUGCCGCCCUUUUCCUUCCACGUGGGAAUGGCUCCUCUGCUGCCUCGUCCUGCUCCUCCAGAAUCACAGCACAGCGCAGCAAACAUGCAGGGGACCUUCAGCAGCACCUGCAGACCAUGUUCACUUUACUGCGGCCCGAGGAUAACAUCCGCUUGGCUGUGCGGUUGGAGAGCACCUUUCCCCAGUGCACCCGCUACAUGGUGGUGGUCUCCACUAAUGGCAGGCAGGACACAGAAGAGAGUGUGGUGCUGGGAAUGGACUUCAGCCCCUCCGACAGUUCCUGUUCCAUAGGCAUGGUGCUUCCCUUGUGGAGUGACACACGGAUCCAUCUGGAUGGUGACGGGGGCUUCAGUGUGUCUACAGAUAACAAAAUACACAUAUUCAAGCCAGUGUCAGUUCAAGCCAUGUGGUCUGCCUUGCAGUCGCUUCAUAAGGCCUGUGAAGUGGCCCGCUGUCAUAACUACUUCCCGGGCAGCCUCUUCCUGACCUGGGUGAGUUACUACCAGAGCCGGGUGUCCUCAGAUCAGGCCCGCAUCAACGAGUGGAACGCCAUGCAGGACGUGCAGUCCCACCGUGCAGACUCACCUGUGCUCUUCUCUGAUGUGCCAACUGAGCGGGAAAGAACAGAGAGAUUCAUCAAGACUCGAUUAAGAGAGAUCAUGAUGCUAAAGGAUCUUGAAAAUGUCACUUCAAAAGAUAUCCGCACAGAGCUGGAGAUGCAGAUGGUGUGUAACCUUCGGGAGUUCAAGGAGUACAUCGAUAACGAGAUGAUCGUCAUCUUGGGGCAGAUGGACAGGCCCACAAAGAUUUUUGAGCAUGUUUACCUGGGUUCUGAAUGGAAUGCAUCAAAUCUGGAAGAACUGCAAAACACCGGGGUGCAAUAUAUCCUUAAUGUGACGCGGGAGAUCGAUAACUUCUUUCCAGGGCUAUUUGAAUACCACAAUAUCCGGGUUUACGAUGAAGAAGCCACAGACUUGCUGGCUUACUGGAAUGACACUUACAAGUUCAUUUCUAGGGCCAAAAAAGCCGGAGCGAAGUGUCUUGUGCACUGCAAGAUGGGUGUUAGUCGUUCGGCCUCCACUGUUAUCGCAUACGCCAUGAAGGAGUACGGCUGGGACAUGGAGCAGGCCUUUGAGUACGUAAAAGAGCGGCGAGCCGUCACCAAACCCAACCCAUCAUUCAUGAGACAGCUUGUGGAGUACCAGGGAAUACUGAUAGCAAGCAAACAGAGACACAAUAAAUUGUGGCGUUCCCACUCAGAUAGUGAUCUUUCGGAGCGACUCGAGCCACUCUGUAAAGCUACUGCCGCACAGUCUCUAGGGCGGUCCAGUUCCCGCAAUCAGACCUUCGGCCAGACUUCACCCUCAAUACAGGAGCUACUACAGACUCUCACCCCUUCCUCAGCUACUGCUACUGGGUCUAACAGACCGGUUGAGCCCAACACAACACGCUGGUCCGAUAGCCACAUUCACAACGGAACCCUCCACGAAGCCACCGAGACGCUUUCCUUCCCCAGGCCCAGGGCUGCCACUGUGGUCCCAGAAGCCAGACCUGAUAUCACCUCUGUGACUGUUACUGAGACGGUCUCACCAGGACGUCCUCAUCCGCCCCCUGCUGUACUUCACCCACCCUCGUCCCCCAAGCUUCUCUCAGAUGCAAAGGCCAAGCAAGGCCUGCCUGAGGUGUCCAAUCUUGUGCCUUUGGAGAAGUCUAGUCCAAAGGUGCACUCAUCUGUAAACAUUAGGACUCCUGAGCCAUGCACACAGGCCCUGGACUCCCCAGGGCUCCAGGAUCUCAGCCAGCAAGUGCCUAACAUGGAGACAGACUGUGCGGGGUUAAGUCACAGCAGUGAUGAGGACCACCACCCCAGUGCCACAUUACAAAGGGCUGAGCUCACGCCCACGCCUCCCUCCACUCUAAGCAUCGAUCGCAUUGACUUCUUCAGUGCCAGAGAGAAGUUCCAGGGCCUUUCUCAAGAGAUCCGCGGGACUGACCAGGUGGUAGGGCAGGCGCCUCGGGACAAAAGUCCAAGUGUAGAGACCAAACGGCUGCUUCCUGACAACCCCAUCAAAGAGGAGGAACAGAAAAAGGAGAGCUGCAGUGUCUCAGUCCAUAGCAAAAUGUCCGGAGUGGAGUCCACAUGGCACAAUGUAACCCCUUCCCCCCCUCCAACCAGUCAACCUGUUUCCAGUAGCAGCAGUGAGGAAGAGGAGUUUGCUCAAGUCAUGUCAGCAGAAGCUGAAAUGGAGAAGGUGGAGCAUGGGAAAGACUGGCCUAAGGGCACAGUGUGGCGAGCCACCCGGGAGCUGGAGCAAAAGAUCAAGCAGGAGGUCUCGUCAGUAGCGCUGGUGUCCUCUGCUCCCGUGUGUCCCUCGCGACGCUCCCCCGUCAACACCAGCAGCAUGGAGAAAACUGAGGAGACCUCAUCCCACACACACCUCACACCUGAUCCAAACACUGUGUCAACACGCCAUCACCAGCCUCAGUACCACAAGGUGGAGAAAGACCGGAGUUUUUCAUUUGAAGAGGGAAGUGAAAGCGAGAGACGACUCAGGGAAGGAGAGCACAGGAACACCGGCCUCACACACUCGAGACAAAGCCAUUCGCACUCGUCCAGUUGCUCUCCGCCUCUGGUUCUCCAGCUCGAGGGCAUCACAGAGCAGGAGAGUUACACGGAUUCUCGCUGUCCGAAGGACAUGAGGGAAACCUGGGAGACCCUAAAAGAGCUCGGGGCGUUUCUCUGGCAGGUGAGCAACUGCUCCGACAGGAGGCUCAGCCAACCGUGGUCUAGGAGGGAGCAAAGGAAAGGCCGGGCUGCUCGAGAGAGGACCAAAGAGGUGGAGGCUCGGAUCCGGCAGGCUGGACUGACCCCACCCUCAAAGAUGAAGCGUUCAGCCUCGUUGGCCAAGCUUGGGUCGCUGGAGAUCUCGCCUAUUGACCUGAGCGAACUUGACUUGAGUCCUGCCUUACUCUCUGCUCCCACCAAUAAGCCUCGGCCCAAUUCAUACAGUGACGAUACCUCAAAAAAGCAGCGCGUUUUACCCCACUGCACUCCUGCUCCCCUCCCUUCCUCUUCUGCCUCCCCUGUUUCUUCCACUGGAUCUCCUAUGCUUGGACAUGCAGAAAACGAUGACACGACUGAAGAGGGGGAAUACAGUGACAAUGAUGUCAUGCCCAUGCCACUGCCACACUCCCCGCCCUCCAAUCAGUGUUGGAGGGGGGGAAAUGCACAGGAGGAGGCAGGAUGCGCCCCGUUACCUGCUUCGACCUUGAUACCUGUGGCAACACGCCAACAAUAUGGGAGGACCCAUCCCCUGCGGAGACUGAAGAAACGGACCGUUAACCCUUACCACACUAUGUGACUUCUAUUCUGUGUGUGUGUGUGUGAGAAUGUGUGUUUGUGCCUGCCAGUGUGAGUUUGUGAUUAAAGGGAAGGCUCACUCAAAGACGAAAGGUUUGUCAUCAUUUAGUCACAUUGAUGUCAGUCCAGACCUGUAUGACCAGUCUUCUUCUCUUGAAGAUAUUGUGGGAUUGGGGGGGGGGUUACAAUGAAAGUGAGUGGGGUAACUCCAAUCACUUUCACUUUUACAAAUAAUAUGCAACAUCUCACAGGUUUGGACCAGCAUUAAAGGUGCAGUAGGUGAUCUGCCAAAAAGCUAACCGCUUGGCAUAUUAUCUUUGGACGGGAGGGACUGUUAUUCAAAGCCACACCCCCUGAAAUCGCGAGCGCGCGCACCGCGUCACAACAGCCGACAGACAACCCACUUGUUCAUGUCAUUCGCCAGUUAGCUAGUGCCAGCACCGUGCAGGAAUUACGUUUAUUACUUAGCCACACUUACAUGCUAUUUCAGAGCGAAUAUUCAGAGUAACGUUAGCGGUAAACAGCAUAGGAAGGCUAUCAUUGUUCAAAAAUGACCCAAUGUGAAUAUAAAAGCAACCUCAAAUCAAUAAAGCAGGUUAGGCUUUAUUUAUUUAUUAUUUAUUAGGCUAUUUACUGGUGUUUUGUUGUUAAACUAAAUAUAAAUCUACAUUAUAGAUGCUGUCAAAGAACCUUAUGGAACUGAAAAUAAUCACAUCAAUCUUUCACCGGGAGAUUUCAGUGGCUGAACAACACGUCUGUGCAAGUCAUUCAUAACACAAUCUAACAUAAAAUAGCUUCAAAACAGAACAUGACCUGUCUAACAGGUAUACUUCAGCCAUGGUGUCGUCCUUCCUCCAGCGUGCUAAAGUAACUCCAAUAUUGAUUCAGGUAUUUAAAAGUUUCAAUUUAGCAUUUGAUUUCUCCGGGUCGGUCUCGUGACCGCGCGGCCACUUUAUACCCGCGCCUGGCUUUACAGUAAUCGGCCCGAGCUCGGCUGUCCUUCGCUGCCUCCGGCUCCGACUGGGCAUCUGCGAGCGGCCCGCAGCUCGCUCGCGCACAUGCGUUUGUGAUGCAGACGGGCAUGCACUAAUAGAGGAUCUGCAUGAACACAUGCACAGAAGUCAGAAUCUACAUUUGCUGACAGACAGUCUGACCAGCUUAUCGGAAUUAAGGGAGAUGACGGUCCGACUCUUGAUGAACAUUUUUUAGUUUUAUGCUUUACCCAGAAUAUAAAAAUACAUAUAAACACAUUUAGAUCAUUUACUGUAAUCAUUACUAGACUGUGAAGAGACUUUCAACCAGCACAACAAAACAUGUUUCUGAAGACAAUCACCUACUGCACCUUUAAAGAGAUAUUUCACCCGGGUGUGAAAGUUUACUCGCUGUUUACCCUCCCUCAAGUGUUUCCAAACCUUGUUCUGUGUUUGCUUUUUGUUCGGUCGAAUACAAAAGAAGAUAUUUUGAGGAAUGUUUGAGGAACCUGAGACUUCCAUAGUGGGGAAAACAAAUACAUAUGAAGUCUAUGGCUGCAAGCUUCUCAACAUUUUUCAAAGUAACUUCAACAAAAACUCAAAUCAAGUGAAUAAUGAGUAAAUCGAGACAGAAUUUUCAGAUUUGAGUGAACUACCCCUUUAAGAUGAGCCCGGAUGAUUCAAGCAUGAUCAUUUUUGGGUGAAUUAUCUGCCACGCAUACCUCAGUGGGCCUUAUCCAACCGCGAAUCAAACAGCGUGGACAUUUUAGAGCACAAUGUGAUUUUGAAUGUUUUUAGCUGGGAUUGAUGGCCCAAUAAACCCAAAUCGUGGAGUCCGACCCAUCAUUCGAGUAGAAAGAAUAUCGCUGCUCUGGAAGAACAACAAAGUGCUUUGACUGAUGUACUUUUUGCACAGCGUCUAUCAGGUCGUUCUUUGAAUACCGGGGUAAUACAAUACAUUACCAUUUCAUCCUUUACCUGUCAAGUCUAUGAACGAAAACCACAAUAUUCUGGAGGUGUAUGUGCGCGUGCGUGUGUGCUGGAGGUUUCAGAUGAGUGUGCUUAAAUUCAUUCAGAAAUGAAUGACAUGUAAUAGUGAGUGUAAAAUUAUUACAGAUAUGAGAUUAUUAUGUGUGUGCAUGUUGGUUUAUUGAGAAUGGGAUCAGUUCUGUGGUACUCGUAGAAUGUAGAGUUUAUGGGCCUACAGUAAGUGUGCAAAUGUAUAUUUUGUGGAUGUGUAUGAUAUGUAUACUUUAACAUGGGCGUGUGUGCAGUUUCUGUCCGUUUUCGACUUCAGUGCAGUUUCUUCAUUCAGCAUUUUCUGUUUUGUUAAAAAAAAGACAACAAAAAGAGGCGAGGAGGAUUUUAAUAUGCACUUUUUAUUGUUGUUUUACAUUUUUUUAAACUGUGGUUUGUAUUCUGGACGCAUGCUCACGGAGUAUGUAUUUAGAGUUGCCUGUAAGGGUUUUUGUUGUACAGUGCAAAAAAGACAGAAAGAAAAGUGAAAUGUGUCUUUGAUUGUUGUAAGACUGGAAAUUGUUUCUUUUUAUUGUGCUUAAACUGUGACAAUUAAAGAAAAUUCCAAAUGCA